UUCGUUAGUACCAUUAAAAAUUGUUUUCUUCGAUUCAUGCUCUAAAAUAAAGUAAAAACAUUCAGGACUAGAAUGUUAAAGAGGAAGUAAAAUUCCAAAAUUUUAUGACAAGCUUUGAAUGCUUUCAAUACUUUCAUUGUAAUUCAUAACUUCCUCCUUCUGAGAGAAGUCUGGGUUAGUUGUUAUUUGCACAGACAGAAUACAGACUUUUUGGAAUGUUAAACUUGUUAAAAAAAAAACAACAACUUGAAAAUAAUUAGCCAAUUAUUUAUUUAUUAAUAUAAAUAAUUAUAGUAUAAGUAUAAGCGUACUUACUACCCUUACGCCUUACUUCUUACUCAUCAAGUUAAUGUAGCAUAGACUAGCCAGGAUUACACAAGUAAGUGCUUUUAUUUACUUUAUUAUUGUACAUUUUAAUAUGUCGCAGUCUACUAAUUAAUACUACUCUAUCUAUUCUACAACUACAGGCUAAUUGAUAUAAUAAUAAUUAAAAUUUAUGAUAAUUUUUUUGAAGUAGUCCUAGCCUAUUUAAUUUUAAUAUAUGAAAUUUUAGUGAAAUGAAAUGAAGCUAAAAUCUUAAGUCAAUGUAUAGAUUUUAUAUAAUAUAUAGUAUUGGGUCAUGAUAACAUUCUCACUUGAUCACUACUACACUACUAACACCACCACAAUUUUUUUUCUUCAUGACACUAACCAGGUAACCCCCCCCCCCCCUAAAAAUAUAUAUUAAAACAAUUUUUUUUCUUCAUGACACUAAACAGGUAACCCCCCCCCCCCUAAAAAUAUAUAUUAAAACUUAAUAUUAUUAAUUUAAUAAGUGAAUAGUGACUCAACUUCAUAAGCUAUCCCAAAGUUCAGGAUUUCUUUCUGCUCCACUUCUAAUCACAAUAAGUCAUUCAAGAAAUACAACAUAACAUUUUACCCCUUGUAAUAAUUAUAUCUUAAAUCAUUAUAUAAUAGCAAAGAUUUUUACUUGGCUGCUAUAGAUAUGCAAAUGUUUUUUUUAAAGUGUGCUUUUAAUGGUAUUGACUUUGUAUAUACCAUAUUUACAACAUGGUGUAGUAGAGGCUUUAAAGUUCUUUGCCAUGGUAGUAAAUAAAUCCAUAAGAGCCUGAAAAUCUUUAAUUCUUUUCUUAUUGCAUUGUUUAUGGCAGGCCUGCACAGCAUAAGCCCCCUGAAGUAACAAAAUAUAAAGAAUAUUUUAUUAUUAUUUUUUAUUAUUAUUUUCUUAAUAGCUCCCCCUCCCCUGUCCUAUUUUCUUUCAGCCCGUACACGUUUUUCAUUAAGCCAAAUAUUUUGAGUUGUGCAGGCCUGGUUUAAGGAAUUUUCAUAAUUUCAUAUGAUAUCUUUUACCACAGCAUGCUUCUCUUGCAGCCAAUUCUUAACUAGUUAAGCACAACUUAGGUCCCAUUUUAACUAAUAUGUAAUCACAAACUAUGUUCAUUUAAAAAUUAAUGUAUUUUUAGCAAUUUAAAGUUUUCUGAUGACUACUAGUUUUGGUUUAUAAAUGAAGAACCUCCAAACUUUGUAAGGUGUAUGGCAUCACCAAUUGUAAGUGCUGGAUUGAUUUCAUUUAAUCACAUUUGUGAAUUAGUGAGUGCUAUCUGCUGCAAAGCUAAAGAGCAGAAAAUAAAUUCAUAACUUUUGCUCUCAAUUUUUUUUCUUGGUCAGGACAAGGUCUCAUAACACUGCUAGACUAUGUUUUAGUUAGAAGCCUAAAUUGUUUUGUGUGAUCUUUUCUUGUUUUGUUUUGCAUUUAUUAAAAUUUGAAACCACACAUGGCAUCAGUUCCUUCUUCUUCUAUAUAUUAAGGGCCAACACUCAAUGUAUUGAUCAUUCUGUCUCCUAUUUAUGUAGAGGGUAUUUGCUAUGUUUCUGUGCCUGGUAUUAAAGAGGAUAUUUCACUGUUCUCAAGGGCUACUCAACAAGGGUAUCAUGAACUGGGGGUUGGUAGGCCUUAGGCGAUAGACGCAAAUGUGUCAAAUGUUGUCACCUCUACUGUUUCUUUUGGAAGCUUGUUCCAGUCCCUGAUUGUCUUUGGCAGGAAUGAGCAGUUUCUGUAUCGUGUUCUUGCUGAUAUGAGCCUGAACUGCCUGUCAUGGCCUUGUUGCUUUCAAGGGUGUAGAGGCACAAUUUUCUGUUUGAUGCUGGAGCAGUGGACCAGCCUAUUAUUUAUCUUGUACAUCAUGCAGAGCCUGGAUAAUCGUCAUUGUUCUUCCAAUGGUGACCAGCCUAGUGUUUCCAGCCUGAUGCCAACACUAGAGUUGUUCUUGUAGCAGUUCAGCACAAAGCGUGCUGCCCGUCACUGGACCGCCUCCAACCUGUUGAUGCUGGGUUAAUGGGUCCCAGACUGAAGAUGCGUAAUCUAAAAGCGUCAGGAGAAAGGCUUUAUAGGCACUUUCUUUCACACUGGAGUUGCAGAUCUUUAGAUUACGCCUUAAGAACCCUAGGGUCUUUUUUGCCUGGUUGCACACAUUGUUAAUAUGCUUGUCCCAGCUGACCCCUCAAGAAUAUGGCCAUGCAAUUGGUAAGGGUUGUGUAGAGGGGAUCUGCUUCUGGAGACUGACAGGGUCUGGCACUUAGCAGGAUGAAAUUACAUGUCCCAGCUCAUCUCCCACUCAGCUAACUGAUUGAGAUUCUGUUGUAGCUGGUCCUGUUCAGAACUGUUGGUGAUUGUCCUAUACACCGCUGUUUUCUGCAAACAGUCUUGCUUGGGAUGUCAGUAUCUCGGGUAGGUAAUUGAUGUAUGGUAGGAACAAACAGGAUUAUAAGAUGUCUCCUGGAGAAAUGCUAUAAAUAUAACAUCGACACACACCAACUAUACGUGGAUUACAAAACAACAUACGAUAGCGUAAACAGGAAUUACUUAUACAAUGCUUUACAAGAACUUGGAGUCCCUAACAAGCUUACUUGGCUCAUACACAUGACAAUGGCCAACUCCAAAAGCAGAAUCAAGGUUCAGGGAGAAUAUUCUAGGGAGUUCAUAGUUAAUCGGGGCCUCAGACAAGGAGACUCACAAUCAUGUAACCUGUUUAACAUCACGCUAGAAAAAGUUAUUAGAAGGAUUCAUAUUACCACCAGUGGAACCAUAACAAACCAUUUCCAGAGAGAUACUACAGAGCAACGACCACCAGGAACCUUAUAUAGCCAACCAUUGCAGUACCUGGCAUAUGCAGAUGAUAUAGCACUACUCCCAUCUUUGGCAUUACUGUAUUAAUUUCGUAACAGGGAACUUGAAAAUGCCUCAUUCAAAGCUGGCCUUGAUAUAAAUGAACCGAAGACAAAAUAUAUGAUAAUGUCAAGAAACUCCCAUGCUGAUGAUAACAUCAAUAUAAACAACCACAAAUUUGAGAGAGUGGACACAUUCAAAUAUCUAGGGGCAACUAUAAAUGAGCACAAUGAGAUAAUGUCAGAGGUGAAAGAAAGGAUAACAGCAGGCAACCGUUCCUAUUUCAGUCUACAAAAGCUACUGGGAAACAAAAAUUUAUCAAGGGGAACAAAGAAGACAAUAUACACCACCAUCGUAAGACCUGUGGUAACGUACGCUAGUGAGACCUGGAUCCUCACCAGAAAAGCAGAGAACCUGCUCAACACAUGGGAGAGGAAAAUCCUCCGCAAAAUAUACGGACCAGUGAUAGAAAAUGAUAUCUGGAGAAUACGUACAAACCAAGAACUUUACUAUUUGUACAAAGAACCACCCAUAGUCACAAUGAUAAAAAAAGGCAGAAUACGCUGGGCAGGUCAUGUUGAAAGGAUGCCGGAAUGCAGAGCAGCCAAAAUUAUAUACAGGCAGAAGCCUAGGGGCAGACGACUCAUCGGUCGCCCAAGGAUGAGGUGGAUUGAUGAUGUGGAGACAGAUUUACACCAGUUGGGGGUUCGAGCAUGGAGACGGAAAGCCAUGGAUCGCUCCGAAUGGAAGGAUGUGGUGGAGCAGGCCAGGGCCCUACAUAUGCUGUAGUGCCAUUGAUGAUGAUGAUGAUGAGGAACAAACAGGGGCCUAGCACCGAGCCCUGGGGGUAUCUCUUACUGAACACUGAGAAUAAAUGAGGAGCUUGUACUGUCCACCACUACUGCCUGGCAUCUGUUGCUGAGGAAACUAGAUAUCCAUGUAUUGGUAGUGCCUUGGAUUCCAUAUCUUUGAAGUUUGUGUAAAAGCAAAUUAUGAUUUGCACUUUCCAAUGCCUUUUUUUCCAAGUUUCUGGGUGUUUUCAACCUGAGGUACCAUUUUCUGAUGCUUUAUCAUUGCUGGGGAUCUGGUGGUGAUGUAUUGGCAUUGAAUCACAUGUAAAAUGAAUAACUUUCUUGUUAUAAAAGGAUAAGAUAGUGAUUAAGAAAGUGUAGCAACGUUUAGAAGGAACUAUACAUGAAUAAACUGCCUAACAGUUGGUAGUGAUAAGUGUUACAGAAAUAUUUUCCAGCUUCAUUUAUAAAAUAUGAAAUAUGAAGAAAAGAUGUAGGUUAAAACAAGGAAGAAAACAAAACAUCAAAAGUGGUAUCAAAAAGUUUUCUUGAGCUAACGAAAACAGAACAAUCUGAAAUAUUUUUUAAAAAAUGAAAAGAACCUAUUUUAUGUCUUAUGAAUUCUGAGUGAAAACUGCAAAUUGUUGUUCAACCUGAUCACAGUCUCCUUCUUAUUACACUUUUCAUUUACACUGAGGUUCCUGUUUUCUAAUAAUGAAAAUAAGCUUUGCUCACAAUGAUAAGUGUCACUGCACAAUUUCAUUAUAAAUAAUAGCAGAGGCGAGGUGGUUCAAAUAGUGACUGAUAUUUUACUAUCCACAUUCACAAUAAGAAAUACAUUUCACAAAAAUCCGAAAACACUUGGAAAUUAUAUCACAUGAAUUUCAUUUACUAACUUCUGGAUAAUAUAAUCUUCUUUACUUGAUAUAUGUAUCGACACAAUAUAAAUCUUUAUUACAACAUCAAAAGUUGUCUCUGUUCAACCUUCUCAAAACAAAUUCCAUUAUUUAACCCCCAUUUCUGAUUGGCCACUUUCUCCCCAAGUCCCAACACUAUAUAUUAUCUAAGAAAUAUUUAACAUAUUACUUAUCUCCCAUUAUUUUUCAUAUUCAUAUCUGUGACAAUAAGUUAAUUCCACUUUGUACUUUACAAAAUAAAUUAAAGCAUCAAUUUACAUUAAAACAUGGGCAUUUAUCUGAAAAGCUAGUAGAUUCCUUUAAUGAGAUUUAAAAAUUUACGAAGUAGCAGUCCGAAAAUGUCACAUGAAAGUUCAAGUGGCCAAUUACUUGGCUGCUAAAUAAAUUAAAAAACCAAAAAAACAAGGAUUACACACUUUUGACAAAACCACCUUCUAAAAAUCUUCAGGUGGUAUUGAUGGACCAGUUGUUUGGACCUAAAUUUAGUCCUCUUUGGAAUAAAUAUUCAGGACAUGACUAAUAAUAUUAAGCUUCAAAUAAAGGAACAAGAUGAUACUAUUGUCUUUACACAGUUAUUAUUUUCAGUAUGACAAUAACUGAUUCAAGAAUAAUAUAAAUUACUUUCAUAUAAAAAAAAUUUAUCAACAGGAAAAUUUGGAAAGUUGUGCGUAAGCUAUAACUAGUCAUUAAUUCCUUCUUUGAGGCAACAACUAAUUUAUUGUUUGCAUCUUAAGUGGGUAAAUUACAUGUGAAAAAGUGAUGACAUUUGUUCAUUUAUUCAGGCCUUAAGUGCCUGGGGUGCUCCAUUUGAGUGAUGUCCAAGUGACCUUGUGGGCAUUCAUGAGUAAAACAUGAGCAGGCUAUCUCCAUGUGCCCGAACUGUUUCUCCAUUGGUUGUAAGUCUGGAUUUGGGUCUCAAUGCUUCAUUGGAGAUUGUCUUUGGGCAUACGUUUCUAUAUAUUAUUCAGAGGCAUUUAGUCUGGAAAACUUCCAACUUCUGUUAAGAUGGCUAGUAGUUUUCCAGAUCUCUGACCCAUAGAGGAUAAAACUCAAGACUUUACUUCUGAAGACUCUCAUUAUAGUGUAGAUGCCCUGCCUUGUCCAUCCCUAAAUUAGGUGCCUUAUUAGUUUUACUUAUCCUUACUUUACUUGUGACAAUCACCCUUCUAGAUCCUCAUAAAUCUUCUCAUCUUUCAGUUGCUUGAUGUACAAAAUGGUUGCAUGAGUGCCUUUAAUAUGGUAUUUUCUUUACAUGAACACUGUAUUUCCUGUGUUUACAUUAAGGCUUAAAUUGCUGCCCAUAUCAGAACGUUAUCUAAUGUUAUCAGCAAAGUUCAGGUUCUCAAGGAGCAAGGUCGGUGCCUAUCUCCAACAUGUUUUUUUGCUAAGUUAGACUAAUAGAAGCUUUAUAAAUUAAUUUGAUUCUGGGAGUUUGAUUGAUUGAUUGGAUAUUUAUAUAGCACUGGUAUCCAUGCUACUUUAGCAUGCUCACUGCGCUCUGGUUUACUUAAAUCUAUUUAAACAGAAAAGUUUUAAAAUGUUUCUUAAAUGAUUUUGUAUAAUUUUCCUUUCCCCUCAAAGAUUGAGGCAAACUGAUCCAUAAUUUUGGCGCUAUCGCUUCAAAAGAGCACACUCAGUUAGACUUUUUUCUGUGUUCAUCCACACUGGGAAUCUUAUCUGAGUUGGGACUGAGGAGAAUGCAAAUAAUUUUACUUCAUUUUUUGUAAUUCUGAUUUAUCAUCAUGGUUAUAAAAGUAUAAGAAACUAUUCUUAUAAUUAUGACUGUUGCCUCAUACAGGAACUUUCCUUUAUCUCGCUUAGGGGGUUGUCUUUGGAUCUAGAAUGUGCUGUGACAUUCUUAUCAGCCUCCUGAAAUAAAAAAAAUAUUAUUCAUGAAUAAUUAAAGCCUUAGAAUGAUUUAAAAAAAAAUAAUAUAAGAAAAUGUGAUAUCAUGGGAUUUUGUAAUUUUGUUUAAAAGUCUUAAAUAAAAGGUAACACAUUGCAUUUACUGGUAGACUUCAUGUGCACAUGUGUCAAUUGCAUUGGCAUGAUCCUCACAUAGUUGCAAAGUAAUUACAUUUAUGGUGAGGAUGUUUGUAACUUUUUGUUAUCUGUGAUACAAGUUAUAACCUGCAUCUAUUGCAAUUACAGUAUUAAUGUUAUCAGAAGGCAAAAACUGUUUACAUGUCAGCCCACAUCAAUACUUAAAUUUUUAUAACUCAGGAAGUGAGAUAAAUGGAGUUAAUUACAUAGUCAUAAUUAAGUGUCUGCCAUUGAAAUCUGAUUUGUUUAAAAACUCAUAAUGGCUUUUUUUCAUCCCAUUACAUCAUUUCAAUAGGAAUUCUAAAGUGUUUUAUGCUCACAUCGUGACCAUUGUUUGAAAUUAAGGAUGUUAAACAAUAACCAUAUUUCCAGUUAUUGGUUUCAAACCGAUAACCAGUUUUUGAUUGUCACUAACCAGUCAUAAAAUUAUUUCUAAUCAUGAUAUGACAAAAAAAAAAUCAAGGAAAAAAAAACCAGAAAUAAAAAGAAUAAAAUGUUAUAAACUAAAAGUAAAUGUAUUUGUAUUAUUAUUUAUUAAAUAAAAUACUUAAACAAAAAAAAAAAGAAGAUGUAGAAUGCUUAAAAUUGAUAGGCUUCUUACUAAUGCAUCUUAUAUAUGACUAUACCACAUUCUGUAUUGAUAUCAGGUGACCAAUGUUAAAAACUGCUUGUAGCUGGAUUUUUAAUGGGAAAUUGGUGACCUUGUUAUUGCAAGCAUUUAUUCUGUGAUAGAUAUUAAAAAGUUGGAAGAUCCCAGUCUCCCAUAAUUUUUUUCUCCAUUAAUUAAGGAAAAUUACAUAAUAAAGAGAAUGCUCAUUAAAAAAAAUAUUUCAAUAAUAUGAAGUGCGCCAAACCCCACACCANGUUUUAAAUGUAUUGUAAACAAGAGUCAAGACCGGAAUGAUUAUUGUGGGAAUUUAUCCAAGAACCAAGCACCCUACCCUUAGCAUAAAAAAGGUACAGGAAAGCUGGUCCCAUGUAUUCCUGGAUGAUUGGAGCCCUAAUUGUAAAAACUGAUAACGGGUUUAAAUUCUAAUUUAAAAAACCGAUCAUAGGUUUGCCCAAAAAAAAAAAAAAAAAAGAAUAAGGUUUUAACAUCCCUAUAUGAGAUGAUUAAUUGUCUAUGAUGUAAUUGAAUCUAUUGCAAAUGUUUUUAAAAAAAAUCUUUGUAAAGGAUUUCCUCACAUAUUUAAUGCUUUUCCUUUUAUUAGUGUAUUAUUACUCUCUAUGGAAUAUUUUUCAAAUUUUUCUAUUAUUACAAAUUAAAAUGUGUUUCCAUGCUCAGCCUGUGUAAAUCUUCUUGAUUCAUGGCUCGUUGUGCCUGAUUAUGAGGACGACAAAUAUUGCAUUUUGCAGUUUACAAUUUUUUAAAAUUAAGUUUUUUUUUAAUUCUUAAAAACUUAAUUUAUAACAAGUGUCACUAACCAUGUUGAAUUUUAGUUGUGUGCUUUUAGUUCUCAAGUGUCUUUUUCUUAUGAUGAGUCACUGGAUUAUAGUUCACCAUUAAAAUGGGAUCGUAAAAGCCAGCUGAUGAAUUAAAACAAAUCAUUUACUUGGACCGGGUAUAAGUAUAAGUCAAGUGCUUAGUUAAAAUUUCCAUGGCAUGUUAAUUAAAUAGUGUUCAACAGUCUUUAAAGUACUUCCUUUUUUAAUGUGUUGAUGAUAUUAAAGGUCAGAAUUUGUUAGUACUGUGCAGGCUAUAGUAAUAGAGUGAUCGUCUAUAGCAGGGGUCGGGAACCGUUUUGUCUGAGAGAGCCAUGGAUACCACAUAUUUUGAAAAGUAAUUCUGUAAGAGCCAUACAUUAUGUUUAAAACUAAAAAUUGUAGAAAAUUUGUAGAAUGAAAUAUUGAUAUGCAAUUAAUACACAGAUCAAAGGAGUCUAAAGAAACAUUUUUUUUAUAAUUGAACAUAACAUUUUUCCACGAGCCAGAUGCAGCCAUCAAUAGAACUACAUCUGGCUCGCAUGCCAUAGGUUCCCGACCCCUGCUCUAUAGUAUUAUGUUUUGUUGGAAGUAAAUAAUUUUUAAAAUGUAAUAUAAUUACAAAUUCAUGAAUUUUGUGUAUUUUUGUUCUGAUAUUUUGAAAAAAGGUAUUGUUUUUAUUUAUUCUAAGCACCCUGCCACUUAAAAUUUUGUAAAUGUUAAUUUUUUCCACAAAAAGAGUCCAAACCUGUCACAUCCUUGUAUAUUCCACUACUUUUGGUCAGCUAUGAGAUCCUUGCUAAAAAACUUAAUUUGACGAUCAUGAGACUCUGCUUAAAAAACUUUAGAGCCACAUUAUAGAAAAUCAAAUUUAUGAGGCCCGAGUCCUGUUGAGGAGUUUCUUUGUCAAAUUAUUCAUUUUGUUGUUUUGUUUUUUGUUGCAUCCUUUUUUCAGGUUUUUUCCUUACUUUGUUUCACUUACUGUAUGUUCCGGCGUAUAAGACGACCACCUACUUUUCCUGUUAAAAUAUAGGGGUUUGGGCUAUACUGGCUGUAUAAGACUAACCCUCUUCCAAUGCACACCAAAUAAAAAUUAAAAAACAUCAGAUUUGAUUUCAAUAUGGUAAUUUUAAAUCAAAUGCUUAUGACAUGCAGGUACUGAGCAGGAAAACUGUCACUUAAACAUAAGGCUGUUUGUAAUCAAACAUGUCAACAUAAAACAGUGCAAGUGGAUUAAACUUUUCCUAAUUCACUCUAAAGCUGAAAGGAAGGAUAAGACAAUAAACCCAUGGGAGCUGCCAUGAUGUUUGUUUACUAAGCUGUCAACCAAACUGGAACUGAAGUUGAUAGGAGGAAGAUUACAAACAAAAUUGAAUGGUGGGUCAUUAAAUGGUGGGACAUUGAAUGGUAGGGCGAUGAGUGGUGGUACAUUGAAUGUUGAGACAUUGAAUGAUGGGACAUUGAAUGGUGAGACAUUGAAUGGUGGGACAUUGAAUGAUAGGGCAUUGAAUGGUGGGACAAUGAAUGAUGGGACACUAUAUGGUGGGACAUAAAAUUGUGGGAACUGUUAGUAGAUGACGUAUUAUACUGAUGAUGUAUUGAACUAUAAGUUGAUAAUGUUGUAUAACUCAUGAUGUAUUGAACUAUGAGUUGAUAAUGUUGUAUAACAUGAUGUAUUGAACUAUGAGUUGAUAAUGUUGUACAACUGGGGAUAUAUUAAAUUAUGAGUUGAUAAUGUGGUAUAACUGGUGAUGUAUUGAAUUAUGAGUUGAUAAUGUUGUAUAACUGGGGAUGUAUUUUAUUAUGAGUUGAUAAUGUUGUAUAACUGGUGAUGUAUUGAAUUAAGAUCAUGUGUUCAACUAUCCCUCACUCGACCUAUGUGACGCUGUGGUCUAAGGUAACUAAGGGCGGCUCAGCUAUGGGGCGUCUGUCCCUAAAGUUUCAGCAUGCCGUAAACGAGCUUAUAAGACAACUCCCAUUGUAUAAGAUGACCCCUGACUUUUGAAAAGAUUUUCAUGGGUGAAAAAAUCGUCUUAUACGCCUGAAAAUACAGUAUUUCCUUCUACCUAACCUGAUUGCAGUCUCUCCCUCUUAUUAUCAUAAUAUUGCAAGCUAACUCCAUGUUAAAACUACUUUAAAUCUUGAAGUUAAUAAAAUAUGUUGUCAACAAAAUUUUACCUUAGAUCAAGGUUUCCAACUCAACAGAAUUAAAUUUACUAAAUAAUAUUUUAAUUCUCAAAUAUUUUUAUGGACAAGCAUAAUUGUUUUACGGGCAUAUUGUAACAUAAAAUUUUUGUAAUCAUAACACAAUUUUUUUUUCAAAUACUCUGUACCGGUAUCCAUAAAUAGUUUUUGACUCUUGUUUAUGUUAUAUUACCAUGGGGCAUUAGCCUCUCCUGUUGCAGUCUAUUCUACGACAUUAUCUUCAGUGUUAAAUAAAGUCUGAAAAUGAUCAUUCAAAAGCUAGAAGGUAUUUCCCAUUUCGGUCCCUUCAAAACAUUUUUAAAAAAUUUCACUUUUUAUGGACAUCCAAAAGUUUUUAAGGACUUUUGGUCCAAUUUUUAUGACUGUCCAUAACUUUAUGGAUGGCUGACUACUCCUGUUUAAAUGUAGGUAAAAUGCAGAGCCAUAAUAAUAAGGUUAGAUUGUGAUUUGUUCAAGUUAAACAGUUUAUAGAGUUAUCUAUACAGGAUUACUCUCACUGUAAUAAAUACACAUAUGUGAAACAUGUUUCACAAGGUGGCUUGUUUCAGACAUCUCUAGGUAGUGUAAGUGCACAAGGUGGCUUGUUUCAGAAAUCUCUAGGUAGUGUAAGUGCACAAGGUGGCUUGUUUUAGACAUCUCUAGCUAGUGUAAGUGAACCACUGAAAAUGUUCAAUGCGUAAGAAUUCAACUAAAAACAUUUCAAACCCCAGGAAAGAAGUGAGUACAUGUGUCUUUUUAUUUUAUUUUCAGUCUCCAGUAUCCAUAAAGCAUGUGUAUCAUAAAAGUUGUAUUUAAAAAAAGUAUCUUUUCAUUUUCUUUUUUAGACAAGGGAAGUUGGUUGUUAUUUCAAUUGGUAUUCCUGUACCAAUAGUGAGACACAACAAUCUCACUAUGUAUAAAUCUAUCUGAAAGAUGGAGGCUCUUGCAGGGAAACUGACAGUUAAAGUUCCUUUCUUCUUUACGGUAAGUUACUUGAUGUGGCUUUUUUUAAAAAUGUAUUUUAUUAUAUAAAAGUAUGUUUGACUUUGUGUAGAUUGAAAAUUAACAAUUCAUAGAUAACUGUUAAUUUUAAAUCUAACAGUUUAAAUGAAAUUAAGAAUUUGGCUACUUUCAACAAUGUAAAUAAUUUGAGUUAGAUAACUUUGAUUGUAAGGAAAAGUAUUAUUUAAAAGCAGAACUUCUUAAAGAUUCACUGUUUGUGUUGUUGAGUUUUAUAUUCUAAGCCAUACCUAAGCUGUCUGUAAUAUUUUUUUAAUAGUCACUAUCUAAUGUUCUUCUCAAACAAGGAACUUAAUCCUUUCAAAAACCUACCAUUUUAAAAUCAUAUUUGUGAGCCUUAUCUGGGUAAUAUGUGUAGGCAUGUAUCCAGCAGGGCAGGAAGUAAAAUCCAGAUUUACUGUUGAAAAGUAAAGUAUGAUAAUCGUUCUCAGCAGGCCCACCAACUAAUUAUAGCAGAAAGGAAAUGUAUAGAAUGCAAUGUCUUCAGUAGAUGAACCUUUUUUUUUAAAAAAAAGCAUAAUUGUCUGUCACUUGACAUGAGAGUAGAUUCUUUGUUUAUAUCUCUGUUCCAAACAUCUUUAAGGCAAAAUUUCUUUAGGCUCUACUUUAUUAGCCUAGAAUAGAAAACUGAACUUUGGUACACAUGUACACAGCUAAUUCAGGCAACACAUUAUAAUCUAUCAAUUAUAUUUUGGUAUAUCUGUUGUUAAAUAAUGUCAUAUUUCAAGUUUUAAAUUUACCAGAAAUUGAUUUAUUCAAGAGAUUUAAUAAUUUAAUAAAAUGUUAGUGAAAGGAAAGGUCUUGCCAUUAAAAAAAAUCAAUAUUGUGAAGUCUUUACCAUGUGUGAUUUUAAUAGAGGAGAGUAUUAAUAUUUUUUUGUUCUUUUCUCUUUCGUGUGCAUUGGUAUUCAAAUCAAUGCCAAUAUCAGUUUUCAAGUUUUUAUUUCAACAAAUUUUUAAAAUUGUUAAGUUUAGAGCAGAAUUUUAAGUUUAAGACAAGAUUAAUAUAAUAUUUAAAGAAAAAAAUAAUGAUAUAUUUCUUAUAGAGCAGAACCUACACUGAUGUGUGGUGUGUACUUUAUACUGGCACUAGAACACACAAUCCCAGGAUUGAAGUAUUUGAAAAUGAAAGGGCUGCCAAAGAAACAAAUGCAAAAUGUAUGAAAGUAAUUUACAUUUAUGCAGCCAAGUGGAAACCUUCUGUCCUAAGGGAUCACUCCUUCUCCUUUGUGAGCAAAUUAAGUCGGCCACAGGUCUUUUGGGCAUCAUCAAGAGAAGACCUGCAAAAAUGGAUCAGUCAUCUAUGCAUUGUGUGUCGUGAACUGUAUGACACAAAACAUAUUGUUGGUAUGAACAAUGUAGGACAUGUUGAUGUCAAUGCUGUUGCAAGAAAUGGAGAGGAUAUGACUUUGAAUACAAUUUACCAAACCAGCCAAGAUGACCACAAUGGUGAGUAAACCCACUCAUUCAAGUUCUUCUCUCUUUUUAAUUUUUUUUUUUUAGUUGAUUGACUUGACCCAUGGGAAUCAGUAUGAUAAAGAUCAAGCCCUCAUAUAAUCCAUGGUUGAAAUUUCCAGUCAAGCUCAUAUGAUUUCAAUAAUGAUCUCCAUACCAGUCUUUGCCCAACAAUCAGAUAAGCAAGCUUACAAGUACUUCCUUUUUAGUAACAAUGGAAAGUCAAAGAAUAUGGGAAUAAAAAUCCUGCAAUAGAGCAGGCUAAAAUUUUGGUGUAUUUAGCCACAUGAGCAGAGACAUUGUACAUAUAAUCUAAUCUAUUAAAGAAAAAUGGUUGCUGACAUCAUUAUGGCUGCUAUUAGUUUAGCACUGUUGUCACAACCAAGCAUGGCUGGCCCAAGUUGGUGUGGUUAAAUGAAAUGCCCAAGCCAAGGAUGGAGUUAAAACCAAUCCUCUGGUCAGACACCAUUUGAAUUUCUUCAACCUUAAAUAGCCUGUGUUCAGACUUGAUGGUUGGCCAAUUACAAAGAUCAGGGCAUUCCUACCAGUACAGACAGGUUUUCUCAGAUCUAUGUGGGCACAGAACACAUGCAUAGAAACACUAACAUACGGUAAUAUAUUCUGAUGUUGGAUAACAUUCACACUGUGGGUCACUAGAAGUCUUGCAGCAAAAAGAAAAGCAUACCAUAUUUUUGCUAAUGUAGGAAGUUAACUUGCAGCACAAAUAACAACAGUACUUUUAAAUAAGUUAAAGAUCUGCCCUAAUGUAUCCUAAUCUUCUUAACUGACACUCAUCUUAUUGGGUACCGGUACAUUAUUAAUUAACUUUUAUACUCUCAAUAACUGUUAUGGAUCAUUGGACUUGCUUCUUCUAAGAUACUAAGAUGCAUCUAAUACUUGAUGUGUCUGACACUUCUAGUUCUUGUCUAGGUGUUUGAUUCUGCCUUAACACUCUCAGCACACAGAAACAACACGAUACACUUUUCCUAGGCCAUGUGUCUUCUCAUGUAACAAUCCAAACCAUAGUUCAAUGUUAAACAGGCCACGAUGUCAUGAAAUAAAUGUACACCAGUACUCACAAGUUAAUCCACAUUUUAACUACAGGACAUCUUCCUUUAACAUCUAGUGAUUAAAAUUAAAAAUUCUGAUGUUUACUGCCAUGUUCUCCUAACAUUUAGCAGAAUGCUUGCUUCAUUCUUCCAGUUCACUUACUUAAUGCUCUACGAAAGUUCUGAUUUUCACUGUCCCUUAAGUUUACCUCUGAACACACUAUUUAUUAUCCUCUCAUGUUAAUUGUCAUUUAUUGUCCAAUCACAAUACAGAUAUCUAAAUAUCACUCAGACUCAUAACUCAAAAAAAAUGUUGACUUUUGACACAGUGUUUCUCAUAACUUAAUUGAAAGUAACAAUCUUAUUUGAUUAUUUUCAGCUUCGGAUCGUGUAUUUAUGGUAAUUGCAGAGGACAGUGAAGAUUGCAAGCGCAUCGGACUUAAAGGCUUGUACAAACUUGUUCUUAAAGCUGAAAAUAUUGACAUUUACAAUGCGGAUACUGAUGAAAUUGUUGUCAGCUGGUCUCUCUUUGAGAUAAAGAAAUAUGGCUAUGCUAGAAAUUAUUAUUAUUUAAUAGCUGGUGCAAAGGCACGGACAAGUGAUGGCAGAUUUUCAUUUUACACAGGACUUGGAGACAAAAUAACUGACCUUUUACUGAUUGAGGCUAACAGGUUACGAGUGGAAUACAAGGAUCAAAUAGAGGCCAUGAAAAGUGCACAUCCUGAUGGUAUCAGAAUCGACAUUGAUGCCCCCUCCACAUCAACAGCAGCAGAUGAUCCUUAUGCAAAUUUUGAGACUCAACCAGCAAAACCUCCUCCCACAAAGCCAAAACCCAAAAUACCAAAAACCCCCAAUAAGAAACCUGAAGAACCAGACUGUGAAUAUUCAACUGUACAGAAAGGAGCUUCAAGCAGUGAGAAAGUGAAGCCAAAGAAGGAUGGGGAUAAAAAAGGAAAGGGAAAACAGAAAAGUCAAACUGACAAAAAACCUGUCACAGAAAAUGGGACGUCUGAACAGUAUCAAGAUAUUAAUGAAAUUCGUAAAAAGAAAGAAGAGGGUAAAGCUCAGAAAAACAAUGAGGAUACAGUUUAUUCUCAAGCUGCUAAAGGAGAAAAACCUGGCAUAAGAGGCAGAGAUGUGAAGCACACAGAAAACUAUGAACAGGCUCCUCCAAUCAUACCUCCUGUAUGGGAGAGAGAUGGCCAGGAUGAAUCCAACAACAACGUGUAUGACCACUUUCAGCGUGGGAAAUCCAAACAGGAGAGUCAUGAAAAUGUUUAUGGCAUAGCUUCUGCCUCCACUCCGCCCGCACCUUCAAAUAAAAUUGGUGCUGACAACCCUUAUGAAGACACUACGGCUGCAAGCCCGUAUGAAUCAGUGGGCUACAAUUAGGUAGGCCAGACUCCUGAAAUGGAAGGUUAAAUACAUAAUUUCAUUGGAGUUGAUCACAAAAGUAUUUUAGGUUUAAUUUGUAUGGACUCCACUUACAUUGUUCUUGUCAUUUUUUAAACUAGUAUUAAAAUAUUAAGUUUGAAAUACAUUAUAGCACUUUGUAUGCAGGGGAUAUCAAACUUGAUCUUAAGAGAAAAUCUAAAAAGAAAAAAAUUUCAAAAUUGGUUGGGGUAGGAGAACCAAGUAUGGCUGGCCCAAGGUGAUAUGAUUAAAUAAAAUGCCCAAGCCAAGGGUGGAGUUAAAAUCAUUCCUCUGGUCAGACACCUUUUGAAAUUCUUCAACAGGUUGGGAUGGUAUACUCAGAGCGUGUUGUUUUUUCCUCCUAGAAUUUAAAAAAAAUGUAUUUAUUUUUUUGCAAGUUUUGAAAUAUAAAAAGAUAAUACUGGAUCUUCACAAUUCCUAACCCCAUUUUAUUUACAUUUUAAAAAAAAGAUCUUUUGUAACUGACCAUGAUAUGUUACAUUGAAACUCUAAUCAUUAUAUUGAAGUACUUUUGGGAAUUUAGAAUUAUUGUACGCUUUGAUUUUGUAAAAUGCCCAUUGACAUGACUGAGUGCCAACACAAUUUACGUUACAAAUUUUUAAUUUAAUGUUCAUUAUUAUUCUUAUUUUAAAAGUGCAAAAUUGGGUUUUAUAAUUUGGUCUGUAGAAGAGCUGAAUUCUAAUCAUUUUAUUCCCUCACUCAUUUAUCUAUCACUUUUUUUUUUUUACAGCGUAACGUUAUUGUUAAUUUAAAAUUAUUAAUGUACUUUUUCAAAACGUACGGAAUAAUUAUGUAAUUUGGAUAUUUUACUUAUUUUUACCUGUCGAUGUUUUAAAUAAACCCAGUAUAUUUUUACAACAAUAAAGAUUGCACCUAAAAUUUUACAAAAAUUAAACUCUUGGCUGGCAAAGAGUGACCAUUUCCUCUAAAUAAUUUGAAGGCAAUAUCUUUUUGCCUAUAAAUAAUUUUAAAAAGCAAACCGAUUUUGAUGCGCCCCAUAUUCAGCUAACUACCAGUAUUAGAAUUAUUUCUUUGCAGAACCAUAUUUAAAGUAAUGCAGCAUCAAACAGUAAACAGAAUCUUUGAAGCCUUCUCUGGCAUUCAUAUAUUGUCUUUGAUACUUUUCUAUUUUUAAAACUGAAAACAAUCUUCCUGAGCCUUUUCUUCUCUGAGAAGAAAUCCUUGGUAGGAUUUUAUGAAAACUCAUCUUAAAAUUUGCUCAGAAUUUGUAAUAAGCCUAUAUCAAAUAUUUAUCUCUGAUUAAACUGUGUAAUGUUGCUAGUAUUAACAGUGUAAAUGAUUUCUAAAAAUAUUUGUUUUUUAUAUUUGACAAAGAUCUCUCAAUGAUAAUUUGAACCAAUCAAUGUUAACAUAAUUUACUAUAUAUUUUAAUAUAGAUGUAUAGAUUUUUUUCCACAAAAAAAUUACAUUUUCUUAAAUUACGGUACUGUAGUCAACUCUUUAUCCAUAUGUAAUCAAGAAUGUUGGCAUAAUGCAGCCAUUGGUAAGUUAUCAUAAAUGCCACCCUAUAGGCAAGCCAUAUUAUUUUUUCCCUAAAAAUUAUUUUAUCCAUAUUUAAUUAUUUUAACAAAUACAUUUGAUAAUUCAGAAACUUUCAUGCAUAGAUAAAUUCAAGGCAGCAAAAAAGUGCUUGUCUCUCCUCUCAUUAUGCAGGUACCCUCCUGCCCAUUUGUUGCCUAUUUACUGGUCAAUACAUUUCAUCAGCAUUGCAAUUACAUAAUGGUGUAGUAUUAUGCAAAAUGAGAAGUUCUAUGAAUAUAAAUUAAUAUGGAAAUUAUUCUAAAACAUUAUAAUUAAUGUGACACAUUGUUUAUCUUGCAGUAGCCAAGAUUUAAAAACAUUUAGUUAACAUUAUUCCUUUGCUUAAUUUAUUCCAAUGUCUCAAGUUUUUACUGUAUUUGUUGAAAUGAAAUAUUUUGUUGUGGGGGUUUCAUUAUUAAUUUUUUGUUGAAUCAUGAAAUUAAAACUAUUGACUAUGAUUACAUUUUUUGUUUUAAUAUUCAUUAUGCACCUUAUUUAAAUACUCCAAUUAAAUCAUUUGUCAAAUAAAAUAUAUCUUCACUGAUCAAUGUCUUCAAGUACUUAAAAUGCCUUAUGUACUUAAAAAUAUGACGACUAAUGUUGUUACAUUUUUCAGUUGAUAUGAAUAUUAAAUCACAUGUUAUAUUUUCUGUCCAUGUUAACCACAUUUUAUUUUGAAACUCUUUGGUUACCUGUAUUAUAUAAAAAAACAAAACAACUUCACUGUCAAAUUUGAUGAUUCAAAUGUAGCAAAUCUGUUAUUGAAAAAAAAACAAAAAACACACAUUUUUAAAAAUAAAAAGCUAAUACAAUCAUUAUAAUUUAUAUCAGUUUUUAUUUUGAUGGUUUAGCAAGUUUUAAACAGC